AUGUCUGGGCUCGAAGCCUUCAGCAUGGUCUGCAAUGUCAUCACGGUCAUCAGCUUUGGCUUGGAGACCGUAAAGCUUUGCCACAGCAUAAACGAGUCCGGCAGCUCAGACCCUGAACUCGUCAGGUAUGCUCAGUGGAUACGAGAGAAUUCCGAGCAGCUCCUUACACAUCAGCAAUCUGCAAACACAGACGCAGAGAAACGGCUCCAUGAUAUCGCCUCUGAGUGUCUCCAGUGUACCAAGAACAUUGUGAAGGAAGUCCAACACAUAUCUCCCAAGAAGUCUGGACUCUUUCGAGCGAUGAUAUCUACCGUUAAGACGAUCCGACGCAAACCCCAUCUGGAUCAGCUCAAGAGUCGCCUUCAGGCGUUACGGAACACGAUGGAUACCGUUGUCAUCGGCCAAAUUCUCAAAGAAUGCAUUACAUCAGGAGAGAUAAAUCAAAACAAUUACGGGACACUCAUUCGAGACCAGAAGGCUUUCAACAGGAUCCAUGAACAACGUUCUCAAGUCGUCGAAGUUCUAAUCAGAGAAUUUCAUGACAGCAUCAAAACGUCAAUUGUCACGGCCUUGGGGACAAUCGAAGCCAAAAUCGACGUAGUUGAGACCAGAAAUCACGAGAGGCAGUCCCACGAAAAGCUGCUUCAGAGUCUGAAGUACGAUGGAAUGAACGAGAGAAAGAAUUCGAUACCCAGAAAACACAAAAAAACAUUUGAGUGGAUAUUUGAGGGAUUGGAACUCGAAGAAACUUCUGGUUCUUAUUCCGAGCAUGAGACUCUUGGCAAAUCCGACGUGAUAAUCUUGGUAGACGACUCGGACUUGGCACAUGAAAAGCGAAGACGCGUGCAUGAGGCGAACAUGGCCAAGAGAAAUCAAAGGGGUGCCAACCUGCUUGGGUGGCUACAAGGAGACAGUCGCGACCUAUACUGGAUCAGUGGAAAACCUGGAUCCGGGAAAAGUACAUUGAUGAAAUUUAUCGUGACGGACAAGCGGACUAAGACUGCUCUGCGAAGUUGGCGUCAUCGACCAGAGAUCAUUUCCCACUUUCUCUGGAAACCGGGAAUGCAUCUCCAACAGAACUUACAAGGCCUACUUUGCUCAUUACUAUACCAAAUCCUUAUGGAAGGUCCCGACAUCGGCGCUCAGCUCCUGCACAAUGAUCCCGGCUUGAGAUUUAAGAACAGAUGCGACGACUGGGAUUCUGAGGACUUAAAGAGAAUUCUCUUUGAAACAUUGCGGGCCACAGAUCGAUCGUACUUUGUUGUCUUAGAUGGCCUAGACGAGCUUUCCAAGCCCCACACAGGCAUGGGGGAGCUGUUUGGACUAAUGGACCGAUUAAUGGCGGAAGACAACGUGAAGCUCUGCGUCUCCAGUCGUCCCGAACGGGUUUUUGAGGACAGACUUUCUUCAGGUCGGUUGCUACGCAUGCAAGAUCUGACGUUUCAAGACAUUCUCAACUACAUUCUCGCAACUCUGGACGAUAUUACUCUCGAAGUUGACGAUUACAUGAAGGGCAGAAUAGCCACUGAAAUCUUGAAGAAAUCAGAUGGUGUCUUCAUUUGGGUCCACACCGUUCUCCAAAACGUCAAACAUGGAAUCAACGAGUUCAACGAAACCUGGCACGACGUCUACGAUCGCAUCACUGAGCUGCCACCAGACCUGAUGGAGCUUUACAGAGACAUGUGGUCUAGGCUGGGUGAAAGUUCCAAAAAAUACGUCAGGCAAGCGGCUUUAUAUUUUCAGCUCGUCCGGUAUGGCGAUUUCAGUUUGAACACCGUUGCUUGUCUAGCGGUAGCAUCCAACGACAAGAUGUUGGACAGCUUCACGGGACUAGACACAUUGCCUCAACCACUUGAACUCGUUAAAAGCUCUUUCUCCGUACUGUUCCCCGUACACAACGAAACAAACGACAUCGUCACUCAGAAGUAUAAAAAUGCGGUUACUGAGCCCAUUGACAAAAGAAGUCUAGAUGACACAUAUCUUGCAAUGUCUAAAUGGGAUCAAUACGGUGCUCAGAUUCGCUUCACACAUAGAACUGCUGUUGAUUUCCUUGACAGCGAUGAGGGAAUCAAGCUUUUUGGAGAAUACAAGCAAGCCGAAGACGACAUCUUCUCGAGGCUAUUCAGGGCUGGAGUACUCCUGGGAUGCAUGCCCCACGAUCACGAUAGUGGAAUUAGAAGGAACUUUUCAAGCUUUUCCGGGCGAUAUCAGUUGAAGCAACCACUAGACGGGACAGCGCGUGACCUACUCGACCUGUUCCGUCGAUGUGAGGAGAGGAUUCUUCCCUUCUGCGACCCACCUCCUGGUUUCAGCAGUCACGCAUUUUUCAUAUUCUCGGCUGCGUAUUUUGGAUUUUAUGACUACGUCGAAGAAACUUUACAGGCCACCGAGGAUGACUAUGACGCGAUGGUAGACAGCGCUCUCAUUGGCGCUUGCUCCCUACCUUUCAACUCCAAUAACGACCCAAGCAGUGUUGUGACAACCUCGAGGCACGACUUGAUACAUCAGUGUCUUGAGAGUCUUCCACGGUCGGCUGCAGACCCUUCCGAGAACAUGAUGAACGCCUGGCGUUGUUUCCUGCGACAUUUUCUGCCGAGAGCUCUUGGUAGCACUAGUCUGGAGGAGAAAACCACUAUAGGAAACAUCCUGGAAUACUUCAUAUCAGCUGGUGUUCGUCCUUCCCAAAAAUACAUUAUGGAUAUCUCCACGGACUCUCGCCAAUGGUAUAUUUCAAUCCCAAACCCCCAAGAGGAGUUUGGCUUUACGUCUGAUGAUAGCGUUUGCUGGGAGGAGUCAAAAUUGUACUUGGAAGUAAAUGACUACUUUCUUCUGCGAGUGCUCUCUGAUCGCAUUCAUUGCACAUCGAAAGUCAUUGCACAAGCCGCAAGUCUAGCCUUCAUGAGGCCUAUUCUUGGAAGGAAUCCGUGCCCAACCGAAAACAAAAUGGAAAUGUUCACUUGCAGCCUGAGUGAGGACAAAAGAGAAGUGUUUGAAGAAUGGAUCUUCGAAGGAUUUGUCAUGUGGCCACCAAGUGAGAACUGCUUUCCGGACGAAGUCCCAUCCUGCCUUCAGGUGGAGGAAUUAGGGGUAUUUCAGACUGUGUUUGAUGCUCUUGAGGAGAUUGGAUAUGAUUUGCCGGAAGUCAACCAGAAUUACCUAUGUUGGCAUGACUAUGACGAGUUCGUUCCCUAA